AUGGUGGGUAUUUUGGUUUUCGGGAUGUUUGCAAUAACAAUUGCAUAUCAGAGUGGAGAGCAGGUGAACAACAUGGUGCCUAGAGACGCACCCGAGGCACCGCCGAGGAGAAAGGGAGAUCACGAAGCCAUUCGAAAAAAGUUGCAAGAUGCUGGUGUAUUGAGAGUGUCAGAAGAACAAGGCUUAGUGCCCCUUAUUGAGUACACUGAUGGUUCUGGGAUAUCAGGACAAUACAUCACUCGACUUUUGCCUGGUGCAAAAUACGGUCCAAUCCGUAGAAUCAUCAAAGGAGCUGGACGAAGACAACAAGUUAAGUUUAAUAGAGACAAAGAUUUCAUCAUUCUGCGAAACAUAAGUAAAAGCAACCUCGACGAUUUGCGUCAACUCAACGAUGUCAUUGAUGAAAUUGAACAGGACGUCAAGUUAACACUAAACAUGGAAUACUGCAAAUCCUACGAUUUACCAGAAAGUUAUUUUUGGGGGUUGGAUGCUCUUGAUGGCGAUGCUUACAAUUACAAGUAUAACAUCUGGGGCGAUGGAAAGGGAAUAGAUGUAUAUGUGGCAGACACAGGCAUAAAUCCAAACCACGAAGAUUUCACAGGGAGAGUUACUAUUGGCUUGCCGACAUCUACAAGUGUUGACGACGAUGGUCAUGGUACCCACGUGGCCAGUAUCAUCGGGGGAACCAAUUCUGGUGUGGCAAAGCGUGCUAACAUAAUUUCCCUGAAGGUUUGUUCAUAUUGGGGGUAUUGUUCUGUGUCAAAUACAUUGGAUGGUUGCCAUCUUUCCAAUAUUUUGAAUGGUUGUCUGUGGGUAAAACAAAGAGUGCAAAGCACUGGGCGACUCUCCGUUUUUAACUUCAGUCUUAGUGGGCCGUUCUCCAUGUCUCUGCACGACGCAGUCAAUGAUCUACUCGCAACUGGAAUCCCCGCAAUUGUUGGAGCGGGUAAUGACUAUGGAGACGCUUGCAAUUAUUCUCCAGGUAGCACGGCCAAUGCCCUCACUGUCGGAGCCUUGAAAUACUUCUUUGAAAAGGCUAGUUUCGCCAACGAUGGUCCUUGCGUAGAUCUUUACGCCCCGGGUGAAGAUAUCGAAGGUGCUGACUUCCUUGAAAACAAUACAUACACUACUGAGAGUGGCACCUCCAUGGCAGCUCCGUUCGUGCAUCUCGUUGUAGCUGCCUUGUUGCAGGUCCUCAGAGACAACGGGACUAUCAGCUCACCCUCUGCCCAGGUCGUCAACUACACAAAUGAGUACAUCAUACAGUACGCAUUCCGUGGAAAACUUACGGAUGUCAGUGAAGACCAUUUGACUUUGUCUACACCAUGCUUGGACAUUUGA